UGUCAGCAAAUCUCUGCCGGGUGGCCGGCGGGGUGCUGGGGAUCCACUGGAGUAGCACCAUCACCAUGGGUUGGCACCCUAUGGCAGACGGGAGAGGCGGGGCGACAUGUUGGGAGUCCUGCUGCUUGAAUCCGAGCUGCAAUGCUGUGUGGAGCCUUGGCGGGCGAUGUGUGCUUCUCAGCUGCACGCUGAAAAGUGGCUGCCCAAUCUCCUUCCUGCCGCAGCCCCACCAGGAGUCCCUUGGUCUCCUUCAGCUUCUCACAAAGGGUCCCGUCACAAGAAGACUCAGAAAAGCUCGUCACUCACAGCCUGCAAGAAGCUACAGACAACUUACCAGCAUGGAAAGUCUUACACUGCAAAUAGCUCACCCAACUCCAACAGCACCCAGCACCUUCACACUUCUUCAAACCGCCCAAAAGAACCAUACCCUGUUAGCUAAUGGGAGCACAGACACUGCUUCAGCUCCAUCACAGCAGAUCUCAACGGUGGACAACACCAUCAAUAUUGCUGCGUCUUCCAAAAGCAAUGAGGUUGGCAUACCCACAUCAACCACAACUGCUAUCAUCACAACUCCUACACCGGCUGUGAGAGAGCUGGUGGUGUCCGCAGGAGAGAGUGUGGAGGUCACGCUGCCCCGCAACGAUAUCGAACUCAACGCCUUUGUGGUCCCAACUCCCCCAAACGGGACAAACUAUGCAUUUGACUGGCGUCUGAUAACUCAUCCCAAAGAUUACAGCGGGGAGAUGGAAGGGAAGCACAGCACGACACUUAAACUCAGCAAGCUGACUGUGGGCCUGUAUGAGUUUGAGGUGACGGUGGACGGGGAGGGGGCCCAUGGAGAAGGUUACGUCAAUGUCACAGUCAAACCAGAGCCGCGGGUAAACAAGCCUCCUGUUGCUGUAGUUUCCCCAAAGUUCCAGGAGAUCUCUUUGCCAACAAGCUCCACUGUCAUAGACGGCAGCCAGAGCACCGAUGAUGACAAGGUGGUGGCGUGGCACUGGGAAGAGAUUAAAGGUCCCCUGAGGGAGGAGAAGGUCUCUGCCGACACACCCGUCCUGACCCUCACCAGUCUGGUGCAUGGGAACUACACGUUCAGUUUGACAGUGACAGACUCAGACGGAGCCACAAACUCGACACAGGCCACGCUCUCAGUCAACAAAGCCAAGGAUUACCGGCCUGUGGCCAACGCCGGCCCUAACCAGGUCAUCCAGUUGCCGCGCAAUUCCAUCACUCUGUACGGCAACCAAAGCACCGACGACCAUGAUUCCCUGUCUUAUGAGUGGUCCCUCAGCCCCGAGAGCAAAGACAAGGUGGUGGAGAUGCAGGGCGUACGGACACCGAUCUUGCAGCUGUCGGCUAUGCAGGAAGGAGACUACACCUUCCAACUGACCGUGACAGACUCUGCUGGACAGCAAGACACUGCGCAGGUCACUGUCAUUGUACAGCCAGAAAACAACAAGCCACCAGUAGCAGAUGCAGGACCGGAGAAAGAGCUGACGUUGCCGGUUGAUCGAACCACGCUGGAUGGCAAUAAAAGCAGCGACGACCAGAAGAUAGCCACCUACCACUGGAAACAAACCAAGGGUCCUGAUGGUGUGAAGAUUGAGAAUGCAGACACGGCUGUUGCCACGGUGACAGGUCUUGAGGUCGGCACGUACGAGUUCACCCUGACAGUAACUGAUGAGAGGAAGCUGGCGAGUAGCGACACUGUCACGGUCAUCGUCAGAGAAGAACUGGACCAGCCGCCAGUGGCUCAUGUUGUGUCGAGUCCGCCCAUCGCUCUGCCUGCCAGGACCGCCACUCUAGAUGGAUCUCGCUCCACUGAUGACAAAGGUGGCGUCAGCUACCUGUGGACCAGAGAUGACAGCAGCCCUGCCGCUGGGGAUGUACUGAACAGCUCAGACCACCAGGCAGUGCUGUUUCUGGGAAACCUGGUGGAGGGGAAGUACAGCUUCACCCUAACUGUAACUGACAGUAAGGGACAGACCAGCACUGACAGGGGCACAGUGGAGGUCAAACCAGACGUAUGGGAGCGUGACCUAGUGGAGUUGGUGCUGGAGGUCUCUGUAUCCCAGGUCUCCCACCGGCAGCGUGACAUGCUGCUGCGCCAGGUUGGGGUUUUACUGGGUGUGCUCGACAGCGACAUCAUAGUGCGGGAGAUCAGUGCGUAUAAUGAGCACAGCACUCGUUUGGUCUUCCUGGUGUCAGGUGGUCCAGGGCGCCCUCCUCUGUCUGGCCACAGCGUUGCACUUAGCCUACGCAACAAACUGCGCAAGCAGAAGAAUGACUUUCUCAUCUACAAGGCUCGACAAGUGGAUACAGUCAUCUGCCAGCUAAACUGCUCAGGUCACGGCGAAUGUGACUCAUUCACACGGAGCUGUGUCUGCCACCCUUUCUGGAUGGAGAACUUCAUCCGAGCUCAGCUUGGAGAUGCAGAGAGCAAUUGUGAGUGGAGCGUGCUCUAUGUGACCAUAGCAUCCUUUAUGAUUGUGGUUGCUAUAGCAACAGUUGUCUGGGGGAUGGUGUGUUGCUGCAACAGGCGUAAGAGCAAAGUGCGCAGGAGCAAAAGCAGGUAUAAAAUACUAGAAGCUGAUGAGCAGGACAGUUUGGAGCUACAACCACCUAGAGCUGCCCGCAUGAAGCCGGUGCCCGCUCCCACCUCCUCCGCCCUCAUGCACUCAGACUCCGACCUGUACAGCGAUGACGGUCAGGGCGGGGUCCCGUGGACAGAGCAGGAGCGCGGGCAUCUCCUGCGGCCCCAGAAUGGCUCCCUGAGGAACGGGCAGGGGCCGGUGAGGGGCAAAAAGCAAAGAGAGGAGCUGCUAUAGCAAGGGAGGAAGGGGGGAGCUCGCUGCUGCCCUCACACACACAUCUCAUCUCAGCUGUCACAACCCUCUGUUCCUCACUCUUCCUGUUUCUCUUUUGUCGUUGUUCAACACAAAAACCCUCACACCUCUCAUCUGUGAAGAGAGACUGUGUGUUGCCUGGAUUUAGGAAGAGAAAGAAGGAAAAACAUGCGGUCAAAGAAAAAACACCACUGUACUGAAAUUCCCCUGCUCCCACACUGAGCCAAUAUGGAGGGGAAAAAAACUGUUUGCUGAGAACUAGUAGUGAGCACUGUGUUUUUAAUGGUAAAACAAUAUAACGUAGACCCCUUUUAUUUAACACAGUGACUUAAAGAAUGUAGUUACCCCUCUUACUGAGGCACAUGUUGUUUAGAGACCGUGGGAGAGUAAGUAGCCUGAGUGACACUUGACUUUCUUGAUUUUAAAAAAAAAAAAAAAGAAAA